UGUUAUAAUCUGUCAAUGUUGUCUUGAGAUAGAAUUCCCUUCCGAGUUGGGUUUCUUUAUGCUUUUAAGAUUUAACCAUUCAAGUAUUUUCGUUAACACUGAUUUAUUCAACUGGUUGUUUUAAGUAUGGUGAUUUGAGUGUAUCAGAAGGUUGUGGCUGAAGAAACAGGAACCAGGGAAGGAGCCUGUCACAGCAGAAAACAUUUCUUAUAAUAGCUUGGUUUUCGACAACUGUCCUUCCUGUUAACUCCCGGGUAGUGGAGAAGUUCUCGGAAUAAAAUCCAGAACUAUCUCCUACCACUCUCUUCCCUCUUUUCUGAUCCACUCCUCCUAAAAGUAAUACCCACCAAAUUUCACGAGUAAACCCAACUGUCUUCUGCUGCCUUGCUUUUGACCCUCUUGCCUCAUUUGCUCUUUUUCUCUGUCAUUUUUCACCAGCUAAAGUGCAAUAUUUUGUCUCUCUUUUCGUUUCUGGUCCAUGUAACUUGUAAAUCAUCAUCACCAGCUUUAACUGUCAGGGUUGUCUCCUUGCGGAAACUUCUUUCAGCUCUUGUUUCGACCAUGUUUUGCAUCUUGUUCGGGUGGCGAAAAGCUUCUAAAUGUAAGAAGCUAAUUAAGCAGCUCCAAUACCGUCUCAAGCUGCUGAAAAACAAAAGUAGUUCGAUUGGGAGACUCCUACGCGAGGACAUGGCUCAGCUAAUCCAAAAUAGCAAUGAACAAAAAGCCUUUAACUUGGCUGAGCAGCUCUAUAAAGAGGAAAACAGAAUGGCAGUGUAUGAGUUAUUAGACAACUUCUGCGAAUUCAUUCGGAGUAAUUUGUCAUAUAUCCGGAAAAACAAGUAUGGAAAAUCAAAGCAUUUCUACUCUUCAAACUAUUCUCUUACUCUCCUGCCAUAUUUCUCCUGUAAUGAACUAAAAGGGGAAUAUGUUUUAAGGGACUGCCCGAAUGAUAUCAACGAAGCAGCUUCAAGUCUUAUAUAUGCCUCCUCAAGAUGUGGUGAUCUUCCUGAGCUUAGUAAGAUUCGGGAGCUCUUUGAAGAGCGCUAUGGCCAGAGAUUUGCAUUGGCUUCGGCUGAACUACUUCCAGGGAAUCUUGUGAACUGUCAGAUAAAAGAAAAACUCUGCAUAAAUUCGGUUUCUGAUGAUGUAAAGCACCAACUGAUGGAUGAAAUAGUUAAGGAUUUCUACUGUCAACCUGAGAUUUUGGCCAUUGAAUAUGCCCCUGAUCUGCAACAGGUGGAAGGAAAUAAUAGACAUGAAAUUUCAGGUGAAAUCAAGCCACAUGAGAUGUCAGUUAAUUCAGAAUUAAUAAGGGAGAGUGAAUCGAAUCGACUAAAUCAGUCUCCGUCUCAACGAAAUUCUGAUGCUAAUAGUACUUCCAUUAGUUCUUCCAUAGCUCAGAAAUCUUCCCCAGAUAUGUUCGAUUUGUCAGAGCAUAACAAAGCAGGGAAAGUAGGAAAUUUCACACAAUAUGAUUCUUCAUUUGAUUUAACAGUUGCAGGUGGCACUAAAGAACACAGGGAGGAGAGAAUAACUGCAGCAUCUUCUUCAGAAAGAUUGUCUGUGUUUGAUGAGGAAAAGGUAGUUUAUCUUGAUGACAUAGAAGAGUUUCAGAGUUCCAUGCCAAAAGAUGGAGACAGUCAGGACCAACGAUUUUUCAAGUUCAAACCAUCUGUCCAGCCUAAAACAGAAACAGCAGAAAGUUAUGAAGAUCAAGAUGAAUCAUGGAGUGAAAAAUCAAGUUCAAGAAGUUCCAGAAAGAGUGCAAAGACAUCUAGGAAACAAUCUAGGAGGAGAUCAUUCUCCCUGGAAAACUCAGACAUAAAUGAUAUAGAAUGUAAAGCUUACUAUGAGAAGCCGCUCAACAGUUCCAGUAGCAAGCAUAGAUCUCAUUAUCGGAGAGAGCAUCAGAGGAAGACCUCAGUAGAAGAAAGCAAGCAGGCACUUUGCACAGAAUUAGGAAGAAAGUUUCAAUCAUUCAAUUACAACGACUAUGCCCAAAUGAAAUUGUGUCAUUGUCAUUUAUUCUGCGAAAGGAAGGACUCUUUGGAACAUUCAAGUAACGUUCUUGUUGGUGAUGAAGAAGAAUGGGAAAUUCCACAUAUUAAGCUGCCGACAGGAAUCAGAAAACUGGUGAAGGUUCCAGUUUAUGAUCUGAAAAGUGCAAAUGUUGGAGAUCAUUCUCUUCACAGAAAAUCAGAAGAAAUAGAAAGGCCUGCUCUUCAUCAGAAGUCAAGGAGAAGAAGCUAUGACUAUGGUGGAACUGAGUAUAAUAUUUUCACCUACCCGGGCCGCUGGCAAUAUGAAACCGUUCAUAAAACUGAAGUAAAAGCUGAGGGAUUUGAUUCCCCAGGCGGAUGUGCUGAUGCCAAUAUCUUAACCUCCAAGCCCACCUCAAAAAGACCACAACCCUCAUAUAUGACUGUGAAGUCAAUGCCUGUAGAGAGGCCAAAAGAAAGUCACAUAAGCAACAUUCUGCGGAGCAACUCAUUACCUUGCAAAUAUCCUGAACAUGUUCAUCCAAAGCUGCCAGACUAUGAUGAUAUUGCAGCUAAAUUCACAGCUCUCAGGAAAGAGCGUCAGCAGAACAAGCAACAAGAAAGCAAGUAGCAAGACAGUACUAGAUUUUUAUUUCAUUUUCUGGAGGCAAUUCCAAUACUCUUUUGUAAAUUGCAAGAGCUUCAUAUUAGAAUGAUUUGUUCUUUGAUUAAGGAUUGGUUGGAAAGAGCUGAAAUGAGUUUUACAGUAAAUUUUUAAUUCAAAUAGUUUUAACAACA